UUAACAUGUCUCUGAAGCUGUGCUACUGGGAUGUACGUGCUAUGGGUGAGAUCCCCAGACAUCUUCUCCGGUAUUCUGGACAGGACUGGGUAGAUGACAGGAUGGGAAUGGCAGAUUUUGGAAGGUGGCAAGCGGAGAAGUUCACUCUAGGACUAGAUCUGCCUAACUUACCCUAUCUUAUAGACGGAGAUAUCAAGGUUACACAGAGUGUGGCCGUUAUCAGAUAUCUGGGCAGGAAAUUUGGACUGGUGCCAGGAGAUGACGAGAAAGAUAUUGUGAAGUGUGAGAUGAUAGAACAGGAAGCUGUUGAUCUCCGUAGUGCUUUUCAGAAGCUGUGUCUUGAUAAGGAGGGUUUCGAAGAGAAGAAACCGGCUUAUCUUGAUAGCAUGGAGAAGAAGUUGGAGAUUUUAGACAAGUAUAUCGGAGACGGACCUUUUGUACUGGGGGAGAAACUGACUUACGUUGACUUCAUGUUGUAUGAGUUCGUGAGUCAGAUAAGAAAAAUGUCGCCAGAGCGUGUUGGUACAGCUGUGAAUAUUGGAAGACUUCUGAAUGCUAUCGAGGCUCUUCCUCAACUUCAGGAUCACUUCAACAGUGAGCUGUACAAAACAAAGCCAAUCCAUCCUCCCUUCGCUGCUUUUACAGGCUUGGAAUAGAAUGGAACUUUGACUGUGCCCUCAAGUUUUCAUAGCAUGCUGUUUAAUCUACUAUACGAUCUAAACUAUUAUCUUCGUUGUCAAGUUAAUACUUAAUAAUGAUAUUUAACAUUUCUUUAAGUUUAUUAACUUUUAUCCACAGUUAUGAAGUUUGUGCAUGAUAAGUUAGAUUUGUAGAUUAAUAAGUUUUAUAGUGUUGUAUUAAGGAUAAUUUGUAUCGUUACUUAUGACUAUGUGUCUUUUAUUUUAGUAGCUUUUAUCUGUGUAUUGUUUUUAAGUUUUAUUGUUUGGCUGUGUUCAUAUUAAUUGUUAUGACUAUAUUAUUUAGAUUAUAAACAUUCAUAGUUGUUUAUGACUAGAUUUAGAUUACAUGUAGAUUGAUAUUAUAUAUUAUUGUAUUACUACCUU